AUGGCUAUUAGUAUAGUGAGAAGUAUGGACAUGCCACCAACCCAGAAUGCCCCAAUUAUUCCUUGGAGAGAGCCAUCAGAUGACCCUCUUGGCCAUUCAGCUCUGAUCAACUUACCUUCUAGUCAAGCUGGAGGAAACUCCGCGGUGACGCCUACAUCUUGUACUACCAUUGACCCAUUACCGCCAGGCUCCCCACCUGGGGGUAACCACCACAACGGCGGCACGCCUAAUUCAAACACAUCAGAAAACAACAAUAACAAACAGCAAAUCGAGUGUGUGGUUUGUGGGGACAAGAGUUCUGGGAAACACUAUGGCCAGUUUACCUGUGAGGGAUGCAAGAGUUUCUUCAAACGGAGCGUACGCAGAAACUUGACCUAUACGUGCAGGGGCAGUCGGAACUGCCCCAUUGACCAGCAUCACAGGAACCAGUGUCAAUAUUGCCGGUUGAAAAAAUGUCUCAAGUCCGGCAUGCGGAGGGAAG